AUGCCGCCAUCGCUCGACACUGAAGAUCGGCCACAGUCUGCAACUAGGCAUAAGCAAGAUCGCCGGCCAUCAAACAUGCCAGCGAGCAAAUCUGAGGGCCGAAAGUCCAUGACAUCGUCUGAGAAACGCACGGCUUGGGAGCGACAACAAGAGGAAAUCAGAAAGCUCUCAGCAAUCAUUCCGCUCUCAGACGAACGAGAACGCAGCAAACUAGGAUCACAGAUCGGCCGAGACCAUAGCAUAGGAAUGCUUGAGCUUAGCAAGCGUAUCGAGAAGCUCGAGCAAGUCGCCACCCAGUACGAGACGUUGCAGACCAGACUGGUGACCAUCGAGGGCCUGCUGAAGCCGUACGCUGCAUAUGAGCAGCAUGCCCUAGGCGCAGUCGAGCAGCUCAAGCAAAUCGAGACACGACUACAGACCGAGCGUUUCAGCAAGACUGAUACAGCUAUCAAGCAACUUGUGGACGAGCACGAAGCAAAGCUACAGGAACAUUCUACUCGAUUACAACAGCUCCUUGACCAAAACGAGCUCGCAAGAAAUCAGCCUCAGUCUACAGCUGAUCUCGCCAAGUCGUUAAUUUAUCGUCUGGCGCAUGGAGACCUCGUGGAUGAGACGCUGGCCAGAAGUCUUCGCAGCGCUCUAGGUGGCGAUUCCAUAAUUGGUCUCGAUGCGCCUCGAGACGCACCACGCCAAGAAAUUACACCUGUCACUGACAACCUCGACACUCGCCAUGAUACAGACGAGUCAGUCGAGACACCGCGACCAACGAAGCGUCCACGUAUAGCAAAGUCUACAGCAUCGUCACUGUCUCCCACCAAAGACACAGCACGAAGCCAACCCGCUUUUAGAUCAUCAAUGCCCAGCGCGCUUGAUAAUUUCAAAUCGGGUACACUAUCGCACGACCGAUCCAGCAUGGAGAGCGAGCAAGAUGAGAGGAUGGAGGAGGUGAAUCACGAACCGUCAUCGAGCCGACCUGUUCGCGCAAAGAAAGCUACACAGCAUCCCGACAUGGUUCCGUGGAGGACGGCUUAUCCGCAGGUGAAGCACAUGCGGCGCAGUGGAUCUUCGCCCACCAAGCGCUUAGGAUAG